UUGCAAAUGUGCGUCUGACUUGUUCUCACCGUAAAUGGAUAUAUAGUAGGGGACAUCAAUAUUGACUGACACCAAUUGCAGUCAGGUUUUCCUAUUGCACUACAAUCGAUGUUUACACAACACCAACCCUUUAACCACAUGCAUGCAUAUAUUAAUAUCGAACUACCUCAAUUGCAACAAACUCAAGUCAUUGUAGUGAAGAAAGAAUAGAGCUUGUGAAAAUACCUUCACCAUGUCGUCCUUCUCCAAGAGAGUAGCUCAUCAUCUCACAUCACUGCUAACUGUGAUGCACAUCCUCCUGCAAGUUCAGGCCACCCCCACGCUUGCUGACAGAACUACGACCUCCAUCGUAACGACACCGGUUCUCUGCCUUCCGGAACAGGCCUCGGCACUGCUCCAGCUAAAGGGCUCGUUCAACGUGACGGCCGGUGACUACUCCACCGUCUUUCGAUCAUGGGUCGCCGGUGCAGACUGCUGCCACUGGGAGGGCGUCCACUGCGAUGGUGCCGAUGGUCGUGUAACCUCACUCGACUUGGGCGGCCACCACCUGCAAGCUGACAGCGUCCACCCUGCAUUGUUCAGGUUAACCUCACUCAAACACCUUGAUCUCUCUGGUAACAACUUCAGCAUGUCCAAGCUCCCGUUCACUGGGUUCCAGGAGCUCACUGAGCUCAUGCACCUUGACCUCUCCAACACCAAUAUCGCUGGUGAGGUGCCGGCAGGCAUCGGGAGCAUUAUGAACCUCGUGUAUCUUGACCUCUCCACCAAAUUCUAUGCUCUCGUUUACGAUGACGAAAACAACAUCAUGAAGUUCACCUUGGAUUCAUUUUGGCAGCUCAAAGCGCCAAACAUGGAGACCUUUCUCACAAACCUCACCAACCUAGAGCAGCUCCAUAUGGGAAUGAUGGACAUGUCCAGGGAAGGUGAACGGUGGUGUGACCACAUAGCCAAGUCCACACCUAAGCUUCAGGUUUUAAGUUUGCCUUGGUGCUCACUGUCAGGUCCCAUCUGCGCAUCGUUGUCGGCCAUGCAAUCACUGAAUACUAUUGAGCUUCACCGCAAUCACUUGUCAGGUUCAAUACCAGAGUUCUUCGCUAGCUUCUCCAACCUCUCUGUUCUUCAGCUAUCCAAAAACGACUUUCAAGGAUGGUUUCCUCCCAUCAUCUUCCAGCACAAGAAGUUGAGAAUGAUUGAUCUUUCUAAGAAUCCUGGCAUAUCUGGUAAUCUGCCGAAUUUCUCACAGGAAAGUAGCUUGGAGAAUCUGUUUGUCAGUAGCACAAACUUCACAGGUACGAUUACAAGAUCCAUCAGCAAUCUCAAAUCUUUGAAGAAGUUAGACCUUGGUGCAAGUGGCUUCUCUGGAACGCUUCCUUCUUCGUUAGGUAGCCUCAAAUAUUUGGAUUUGCUAGAAGUGUCUGGAUUACAGCUAGUAGGAUCCAUACCUUCAUGGAUCUCAAACCUAACUUCUCUUACAGCUCUCCAGUUCUCUAACUGUGGAUUGUCUGGACAAGUACCUUCUUCAAUAGGAAACUUAAGGAAAUUGACUAAAUUAGCAUUGUACAACUGCAACUUUUCAGGGAAGGUGCCUCCACAGAUCUUUAAUUUGACUCAGUUGCAAUCUCUGCAGCUCCAUUCGAACAAUUUGGCCGGCACGGUAGAACUCACAUCAUUCACAAAACUGAAAAACCUAUCUGUCCUGAAUCUCUCAAACAAUAAACUACUUGUGCUACAUGGAGAAAAUAGUUCAUCGUUUGUGCCCUUCCCAAAAAUAAAACUCUUAAGGUUAGCAUCUUGCAGUAUAUCAACCUUUCCCAACAUCUUGAAGCAUCUCCAUGAGAUCACCACUCUUGACCUUUCACAUAACCAAAUCCAGGGAGCUAUACCUCAGUGGGCAUGGGAGACAUGGAGAGGCUUGUACUUUCUCCUCCUGAACAUGUCACACAAUAACUUAACUAGUCUUGGAUCAGAUCCUUUGCUUCCUCUUCGAAUAGAGUACUUUGAUCUCAGUUUCAACAGCAUUGAAGGGCCCCUACCUGUACCACAAGAAGGAAGCACCAUGAACUUGGAGAUCCUUGACAUUGGAGGCAAUCAUUUUAGUGAUUCCUUCCCAUGUUGGAUGAGUCAACUUCCUAAACUUCAAGUCCUUGUCCUCAAAUCUAACAAGUUCACUGGACAACUAAUGGAUCCUUCAUAUAUGGUUGGUGGAAACACCUGUGAAUUUACAGAACUGAGAAUUGCUGAUAUGGCUUCAAACGACUUCAAUGGAACACUGCCAGAGGCAUGGUUUAAGAUGCUCAAGUCCAUGAUGACCAGAUCUGAUAAUGAGACAUUAGUCAUGGAAAAUCAGUAUUACCAUGGACAAACAUACCAGUUUACUGCUACAGUUACAUACAAAGGGAAUUACAUGACAAUUUCCAAGAUCUUGAGGACCCUAGUGCUGAUUGAUUUCUCGAAUAAUGCAUUCCAUGGCGCCAUCCCUGAGACUAUCGGGGAGCUUAUUCUUCUUCAUGGGCUCAACAUGUCUCACAAUGCCCUUACAGGAUCAAUUCCAACUCAGUUUGGCAGAUUGAAUCAACUUGAGUCACUGGACCUCUCCUCGAAUGAGUUCUCUGGGGAGAUCCCCGAGGAGUUUGUGUGGACCACCGUUAUCUAG